CAUUGGGUUUACUUCCUCUUACUUCAUGCUCCAUACACACACGCUCCCCGGACCCGAUUUACGCAUGCUUGGAGUUUCAAACGCGGUGUAUUGAAUAGGUCAUGCAAUUGUCACAUCAAGGAACGCGUAUUCUGGUUUUCCCAAGGCUCCACAAUGGAUUCAGAAUGUUGUCGUUGACAUGAAUGAAGCCAGUGCAAGUGCCGCCAUUACUAGGUCCAAUCAAGAGCCAUGUUUGCACUUCUUUCUUUCGUAUUGUGCCUGCCUCCCCAGAGAUCUUUUCCUGGUGUUCGAACGUCUGUUUUGCAUCAAUCGAUAUGCAGCAUAUCCGAGUCGGGCAUUGUUAUUUUCCUUACAAGGCUCAACAACUCUCGGGCUCGGAAGGCCAUCCAAGCCAGGGCUAAUAAUUUCCUGGAAAGGAAUCGCAGGCAGGCCUUCCAACAUUUGCAAGGUUAUGUGUGGCUGUCCGAGGCUUCAUCGAGGUUCGGCUACUUCCAUUAGAGUAGGAACACUAGUGGGCUCAGACGUGUUGAC